UAAUGCAGCUUCCUAGUUGCACUGAUCGCUCCAUGUUUGGGUUGUGGACACACCUCACGCUUGUCUCCUCCUCUGUACAUUGCCCUGUCCUCCUGCAUUUGUGACAUCGUAUAGCUCCUCCUGUCACUAAUAUAUACCCUGGAAGUAUAGCACAGAGCACAGUGCAGGCAUGGCAUCCUCCAUCCUGCCGGGUCUCCUCUCCCUGAGCCUCACCGACCUGCUGUACGGGGGAGCCUGCCUGUGUGUCUUCUACCUGCUCUACAAAAUCUCUGCCCUCUACCUGAGACAGAAAUGGUUGGAGCGAAUAUUCAGUGCUUUCCCAGGUCCUAAACGCCACUGGCUGUAUGGCAAUGCCCACGAGUUCAAACAAGACGGGACUGAUUUGGACGUUAUAAAUGGUUAUGCAAAGCAAUUUGAUUGCGCCUUCCCCAUAUGGCUUGGAAAUUUCUUUGCCACUCUCACUAUCUAUCAUCCAGACUACAUAAAAGCCAUUCUCUCCAGGCAAGAUCCAAAGGACAACUUUAUCUAUCAUUUCAUCACCCCCUGGAUUGGGAAAGGUUUGCUGGUGUUGUCAGGACAGAAAUGGCACCAGCACCGAAAACUGUUGACCCCGGGAUUUCAUUACGAUGUUCUGAAGCCAUAUCUUGGAGUGAUGUCCGACUGUGUUAAUGUCAUGCUGGACAAAUGGGAACUAAUGGUCCCAGAUAAGAAACCAGUGGAGCUUUUCCAUCACAUCAGCCUCAUGACCCUGGACACCAUCAUGAAAUGUGCCUUCAGCUACCAGAGCAACUGCCAGCUGGACAGUGAAAAUGAAUACAUCAAAGCAGUGUAUGAGCUCUCCUACCUGGUGGAACACAGAACCCGCUGCGCUCCCUACCAUAAUGACUUUAUCUUCUACUGGAGCCCGCAUGGAUUCCGCUUGAGGAGGGCACUGAAAACAGCACAUCAGCACACAGAGAAAGUCAUCAAACUGAGGAAAGAAUCCCUAAAACAGGAGACAGAACUGGAGAAGAUCAAGCAGAAGAGACGUUUGGAUUUUCUGGACAUUCUUUUAUCCGCCAGGGAUGAAAAUGGUCAGGGAUUGUCUGAUGAAGAUCUGCGGGCAGAGGUGGACACCUUCAUGUUCGAAGGGCACGAUACAACAGCCAGUGGCAUCUCCUGGGCAUUUUACUGCUUGGCUAAGUAUCCAGAGCACCAGGACAAAUGUCGGGAGGAAAUCAGACAAGUCCUGGGAGAUCGGAGGACGGUGGAGUGGGAGGACCUGAGUAAGCUGCCGUACACCACCAUGUGUAUUAAGGAGAGCAUGCGUCUCUUCCCGCCUGUGCCAGGGGUGGCUCGUGAACUUAAAGAACCAAUCACCUUCUUUGAUGGACGGAGCGUACCUAAGGGUACUGUCAUCUUUCUAAGUAUUUAUUGCAUGAACAGAUCUCCCAGCAUGUGGGAUAACCCUGAGGUUUUUGAUCCACUGAGGUUUUCACCGGAGAAUGCAUCAAACAGACAUUCACAUAUGUAUGUUCCUUUUUCUGCUGGAGCAAGGAACUGCAUUGGACAGAACUUUGCUAUGAACGAGAUGAAAGUCGCCAUGGCUCUGACACUUCUGAGGUUUGAACUGAGUGUAGAUCCCAACAAUGAGCCGCUGAAGUUUCCUCAGCUUGUCUUACGUUCUGUGAAUGGCAUUCACUUGAAUCUGAAGAAAAUACAAAAAACAUAAACUCUUAAGAUCGCAGUGAUUUCGUCGUGCCUUCACUUUUGUUUGUUCAUGCUGUGCUUCUGUAAUUUACCCCCAAAAUGUAUUAUACAAUAAACACCAUUAAUGAUGUAUUGUUCAAUGGAGAAUUUAGUGUUAUGCCCCCUAGAGGAAUAAAAGUGGAAUUAACAUGA